AUGGAGGGUGCUUUGCCCUCUCUGCUAUGGGGGGCAUUUGCACCUUGCGUCCCAGUGGCCAUCAUCUCCAGUGUUCUUUUAACUGCCAUCCUGUACAACCAAAUCGACAGCAGUUAUGUCUUUCUUCCUGAGAAGCAAGAGACAGCCGCGACUGAAGGACUGGAUACUUUGGACAUUAUCCAGCGAAUCGAAAAGAAUGGAGGCGAUCAUGCCUACUACUUAUACUACAAGACCAUCACCAAUCCAGCUGUGUUGCACAUGAUAUCUUCAUGGACGGCCAAGAUCAUACCUUUCGUCACCGGUGCUUCCAUGGCUCUUGUUGCCUUCUUCGCAGGACAACGCAUUAUGAAAGCUACUGCCAACAAAUCCGAGAAGCUGCCGAGUCCUCACCAGGUAUCCAUCCUGAUCGGACUGCUCAAUGGAGGUGGAACCCAACCUCUGCUCGAUGCUGUCAAGUAUCGCUGGUAUAAUCAUGAGACCCUUGUUCCACCAGUUCCUCUGGCCUUUUGGUGUUUGUCGUUCAUUGUCUUCAUGACCUUCGCCAUCGGUGCAGUCGACAGCUGGUUCGGUACAGUCACCACGGCUAUGAACAUCGCAUUGGUGAUUCCCCAGAACAGCACAGCAUUCUCUUUUGGAAGAGGUCUAAACUCAAGCCAGUGCGGACCAGGCGAGUGGCAGAUACGGACCUGUCCCGGCAAUGCUCAAGCAAGUUGCAGCUACCCCUGCAGCAUCACGAACUGGACCGCGUCCAACGGAGAGCGUCAAGGUGUGCUCAAUGCCCAACAAGCAGCAGAGACGCUGAUGUCGAACUCUGAGAAUAACACAAUAUUCAAUGUCACAGUCAAUGGCUCAAACUACUACUUUCUUGGGGAUAUCCAGAGCAGCAGGACGCUUGACUUUGCGGCAACAACGCUGGCGAUCAAGACGCAAUGCCAGAUGGUGACACAAGACUGUAAUGUCACAUCCGUUGACGAUCGCAGCUCCGGCUUCACCUGCGGAGCUUACAGCGCGCCAUCCUUUUCAUACUCCGGAGAGGUUGGCAUGGACCCUAAGGAUGCGACGUCAGCGCCAGACGAGGCGAUGGUCGGCAUUCAAUUCUUCAACGACACGGCAAAGACUCAAGCUGUGGGUUUCGGAAGCAGCACCACCAACCUCUUCACCACGCAGAACCCACUCCAGUUUUUGACCUGGUCAAAGGGCUUCCCGCCAGUGGACACUUAUCAGGACGAAUUCGAAGAUAUGCGAAACGACCACUACCUCAAAUAUGAUGCAACUGGUGACACCGUCUUCGUCCUGAGCUGCUCAGCAGUCAUCGCCGAAGUGAGAUACAACUGGACCAAUGGAUCAAUAGGUCUUGUUGAGCUCCAGGCAGACGAGGAUGUAGCAGACUACUACGGUGCCGUCUUUAGCGCACCGUUCGCCAUCAACAGUCCACUGUCCCAUCUGUCCCUCCAGGACGCCGCCGCGUUGGCAGCCUAUCAGAAGACACCGGAGGGUCUGUCACGGAUCUUUGCCGACCGUUUCUCCCAGGCCGCCAUAGCCCUCAGUUCGGGAAUCACCGUCAGGGUACAGAACGAGCUCGAGUGGACGAGAGACAACAAUUACCUCGCAACGCGCGUCCCAUAUCUGCCUCUGUAUCUCCUUGUGACGCUGAAAGCCGUCUACGCGCUGUUCGCAUUGGGUCUCGCUGUCCUGGCGGUCUUCCUGACGCAGCCGUCGCAGGCGCAGGAAGUGAAGGAGCGGCUGACUGUCGACGGCCUCGCGGCGGGCUUCUUCGAACCCAACGCCAACCACGAGCGGGCGGUCAAGAACGUCAGCGACCUGUUCGAGGAACACCAGGACGGCGGCGAGAAGAGCGACGACACCAAGAAGAUUGGCCUGUUGCGGACCGACAAGGGCGGCUGGCUCUGGGUCACGGUGGCGCAGAGAGCCGCCCAAGGCCUGGGUCUCCAAGAAGCAGCCAGCUUCGCCGCCGACCAGGUUGCCGACGCGGCUGCGGCGCAGAUGGGCACGGUGGGGACUUUGGGACAAGGGUAUAAAUUGGUCAAGGACAUCAUUUAG